UCGCAAAAUCUGCGGUCGCUAUCAGCAAGCACAUAUUUAGCAGCAUUAUCCGUAUCCGAUCUUAUUACUAUAAUAUUUUAUGUGUCAGUGGAAUGGAUCAGAAGAGGUUUGACAUAUCUUUUUCCGGCAACAAACGUUAAAAUCCUUGACAUUGAGGGACUUUGUCAAUUCCAGCUUUACAUAUCUUAUGCGUCUAGAUUUGUAUCAGCAUGGCUUGUAGUGUCUUUCACUAUAGAAAGGUAUGUUUCCAUUUGUCAUCCGUUAGUACGGAGAAACAUUUGUACUAAUAGAAGCACGCGAAAAGUGAUUUCUGGAGUUAUUCUAGUUUCAUGCACAACCGUGUUAUAUAAACCUGCAUUGAGUGGAAUUUACAAAGGGGCAACUGGUACGCUAUAUUGCACAAGAUUGCCUCAAUAUGGUUUAUUGUCUUUCUCGUGCGAUUCUAUUUAUGCAGUGUUUAUCACAUUUGUUCCUUUUGUUGUGAUCACUAUUCUCAAUUUAUUGAUAAUUCGAAAACUUAUGAAACAAAGAAAAAACGAUAUUUGCAGACAAAUCGUAACUGAAGUGAGUGUUAUCCGACUAGAAUUCACUGUAAUUCACCUUGCAUUAUCAAUAUGCUUUAUACUUUUAAAUAUUCCAUACUUUAUAUUAUGGUUUCGUAACUUUCUUUUAUCUAAAUAUUUAUUCAAUUCUGUCGUCAGCUCUUCAGUUGUCAAUUUAAAAUACUGGCAAGGAGUGCUAUAUUUCGUAAGAACUAUAUUUUAUAUGAAUUACUGCAUCAACGUACUUCUAUAUUUAAUACUUGGAGCUUAUUUCCGACACGAAGUAAGAGUCUUACUAACGUUAGCACGUUUCCGUCGAAAAUCGUUUGUGUUUCCGAUUACAGUUCAAACAGAUUCGAAUCAAACAAGGCUCUGACAUAUGCAUACUAUAAUACCUUAUUAAAUCAUUUUACUCAUAUGUGUUGCUCAGCUAUAUAUACUCUUUCAUAUACAUUUAUGCCACUAAACAGUUGUAGUACUGUUUGAUUAUAGGCGUAAUACGUCACUGUUUCGUUGUGUGAUGUUUGUUAA